CGUUACGCUCAUAAACGUAGUCUCAUUUCCAUAGUUUGAAUCAUGGAACGUCUCUUUAUAGCUUGUAUCUCUAGAUCGUAACUUAUUGGCUUUGACGUAAUUAUUGGAUUUUACCCAUUCUAGAAUUCUACGCUCACACCCUUGCAAUAUGGCCGGCAAGCACAAAAGCGAGUAUUGGAUGGAGAGCCAGGGGGAGCGCAAGCGCUUGGCUAGUAACCACUUCAUAGCUAAAGAUGCUAUGGGUGGUAAGCUCGUUCGCGCGCCCGUCGAUUUCUCUCAACCGGUCAAGGUUCUUGAUAGCGGUACCGCGGAUGGAACAUGGCUCCUCGACUUAGCAUUCUCUCUCCCUUCCCUACCUACCGGCGCGCAUGAGUUCGUCGGCACAGACCUCAACCCCGCCCCCUUUCCUCCUUCCCCUCCCCCAAAUGUGUCGUUUACGGUCCAAGACAUCAAAAAGCCUUGGCCUGAAUCUCAACAUGGUCAAUUCUCUCUCGUUCACCAACGCCUAACCCUCCUCGGUGCCGGGCCUGCUCCCGCCCCUUCUAUUUCCCACUUAUACUCCCUCCUCAAACCCGGCGGCUGGAUCCAGCUCUGCGAGGCGACUAUGGUAUUCCCGCCCGAGAUAGUGAACGAUGAGCGCACGCCUGCGUACAGCGACCUGCUCCGGCUAAUGAAGAGCGUCGCGGAACACGUAGGCGCCGCAUGGGAGAUCGGCGGGACCCUAAAGGGCCUGCUAGAGGGCGUGGGAUGCACGGAUAUCAGCGAGGAAGAAGUAGUGCUGAAGAUGGGCCGGACAAAUAAAGAUGAUAGCCUAUGCGAAGACGGUGUCCGGAGCUGCGGAAUUGCAGUUGAGGGGUUGUCAAAAUUUGCGAAGACGUUCCCGCCGGAGAAGCAGCCCCUUCCAGCUGAGAGAUAUGAUACUUUGAGGGCGGACUUAGAGAAGGAACUUAGUGAGAAAGGGGCCGUCUUUCCACUCAAGAUUGUCUGGGGGCGGAAGCCGGAGUAGACGUGCUGUACUAUUAUCACAGAGAUUCUAUUAGCGUAUGUAAAUUAAACUCGUACAUAGUAUAUUGUACAUAGCUCGAACUAGAUAGCACUGACAGUAAGCAGUCCGGACAAGACAGCCCAGACAUACUUGAUUUACUUACCUUAUGUGAAGAUUCACAUAGCACGACUCGUCCACUGGUUGCAAAUAUCGGAAGUUUGAACACCGAUUAAGUUUCAAGUCUCAAAGUCUAUGAGACGAGCCACGUUAUUGCUGGCCCCCCUUUUCAGAUGCUAUGGAGAGCUAAACUCACUCCAAAACAUUUCUCGCAUUAUAUACAUUAUUUUGUCUUACUUAAUUCUGGAUGUCGUCUUUUAAGAUCGUCAUUGG